AUGUUUUACUUGAGAAGAAUAAGGACCUUCUUAGAAGGUUGUGGGCCUGUGGCAGUAGUCAACAUCUCACAAGUAAUACGUUUCACGCUGCUCCACUCUAACCAGCAGCACUUUCGCGUUUGCCGAACAUGGUGAAACGGAAAUCUAAGGCUCGCGCGUUGUCGACAUCAACGCGGAAGCCUCCCCGUACCGGCGGCGACUCCUCCGUCUCGGACCGUCAAUUGGUCUCUGUGACACCACCCGCAUCCUCUCUCGUUACCAACACCGGGUUUAGUCUGCCCGCCGGUUGGAGGGUCGAAGAAGUUUUUCGCUCCGACCGCUCCAAAUUUGACAGGUAUUACUUCGAGCCAGAUACCGGAAAGAAGUUCAGAUCAUUGAAAGACGUUGAGAGGCACCUGAAUGGGGAAGAAGUUAAACGGAUUUAUAUCUCGGGUAAUCGUCCUGAGAGUUCGUCUCCGAGGAAGAUGAUUGUUCAUAGUGGAAAGGUGUUGAAUAUGGAUGAAGAAGAGCAUAAUCCAAACCAUUGGGCAAUCGUACCUUCUGGAAGUGCCGAGACCCCAGAAGCCCCGCCCUGCCAGCUUCCUGAUGGCUGGGUAGUGGAAGAGGUACCCCGUCAAAAUGAAAACCUCACAGAUAAGUAUUACUAUGAACCUGGCACGGGCAGGAAGUUUCGGUCCAUGGUAUCUGUUCAGAAACACUUGAGUGAAUUGACUAAUGAGAACAGGCCAUUGUCUAAGAUGUUUAAAGUGAACCACAACAUGACGACGGCGAGCAAACCAUCUAGAGAGGAGGAGUCCUCGUUUGGGGAGCCACCCUUGAAAGUCAAAUGGGUACUUGGCAAUCGCAAGGGGGAUGUAUGGAACGCUUUCAUUGAUGACAAACCGGUUUCAGAUUCUGUUAAGGAAGAAUGGAGGAAGAGAUUCUUGUCCUCCAUGGAAAAUUCUUGAUUUAAUCUGUAGACACAAGUUCUCUCAUUUUGCUGAGAAAACUAAACUCCAGCUGAGUGUCAUUAUCGAGUACUAGCAGUAUGUUGUAUACUUGCUGCAUUCUUAAAUAAUUGCAAAACUUCCCCUUUUUAGCUUUUCAAAGUAAUUGCAAACAUUUUCUUUUGGGUAUUUUUCUUUCUUUUCUUUUGGCUAUUAAAUAAUAGGUAAAUUGAGUUCAAUAAUCA